GGGCUGACGGGGGUCGCGGGGACCAGGCGGAGGUGCGGGGCUGGCGGGAGCAGGGGCCGGGGGCCGCGCUUCGGCACCGACGACUGCGCGCGGCCACCCCGGAGCUGCGACAGUAGAGCGCCGGCAGCCGUGCCCCCGUGAGCAGGACUCGCGCAGGGCAGUGGGUCAGCGCUGUACCAGAAGCCUGCGGCCGCGGGGCCCGUCCAGGACGGCGCGGAGGCCUCAGCCAGGGUGCCGACGUAGCCUCCGGGCCCGGGCGUCCCUCGAGUCCCCGCCCACCGGCCCUCCCCGCGGCCGCGGCGCGGGCCAAGGGCACUGCGGGGGACGCGGGCGGCCGGCCUCGGAGGACGCGACCCAGCGGGUCCGCGAUGCGCCCGGCGGCCGCCCCUCCGCCGCCGCCGCCCCUCGCGCGCGUGGCCCCCGCGCUCUUCCUCGGGAGCGCGCGGGCCGCGGCCGCCACGGAGCAGCUGCAGCGCGAGGGCAUCUCGCUGUGCGUCAACGUCUCCCGCCAGCAGCCCGGGCCGCGCGCGCCCGGCGUGGCCGAGCUGCGCGUGCCCGUGUUCGACGACCCCGCGGAGGACCUGCUGGCGCACCUGGAGCCCACCUGCGCCGCCAUGGAGGCCGCGGUGCGCGCCGGCGGCGCCUGCCUGGUCUACUGCAAGAACGGCCGCAGCCGCUCGGCCGCCGUGUGCACGGCCUACCUCAUGCGGCACCGCGGCCUCAGCCUGGAGCGCGCCUUCCAGAUGGUCAAGAGCGCACGCCCGGUGGCAGAACCCAAUCCGGGCUUCUGGUCUCAGCUGCAAAAGUACGAGCAGACCCUGCAGGCCCGGUCCUGCACGCCCGGCGAGGCUCUGGCGACGACGUCCCUACCCCCGGAGGGGGCUGCCGGCGUGCAGCCUCAGGGGUCUCCAGCGCAGACCCGCACGCCUCCCUCCCCCGCGGCGCACUGAGCCUUCGGGCCCCGUGAAGCUGACCGGGGUGGGGGUAGAGCCUCGUCCGCCCCAGCAGACUUUGGCCAGGAAAACCCAAGCUGCUGGAGAGGUUCCAGGCGGGCAGAAAUUCCGUGCGGGGAGAUGGAAGCUGCGGGCGGGGCCAGCCAGUGGCCUCUCCUGCGUCCCUCAGGCACUCAGGGUCCCCAUCCCAGAGCUGAACACCGACCCCUGCAGAGGUUGGGGCUCUGGUGUCGAGGCAGAGCCGACUCCAUGGGUCAGGGGACCCCUGGUCCAGCCUGCCCCCCAACACCCUACCUAGUCUCCAGGUUGUACCAGCAUGGUGCCCCCACCUGCCCUCACCCGGCCUCCUCCCGUGGACAGCCCAUGCCAUAGAGACUUCUGGAAGAUCCUCUGCUGUCAAUAUCCAGCAGCUCGGAGUGGAGAAGAGGAAAAGGAAAAUUCAGAAGUAGUUGUCUGGAUCACAGGCAGCGGAGACACGGGUUCACACGUACGGGGCCGGCGCCGUGGCUGGUGGGUAGUCACUGCCUGUGGAUGCUGGCCUGGUCCCACCUGUUCCAUGUCUGAUCCAGCUCCCUGCUGUGGCCUGGGAAAGCAGUGGAAGAUGCUCAAGUGUUUGGGCCCCUGCACCCACGUGGGAGACCCAGAAGAAGCUCCUGGCUCCUGGCUCCUGAUUGGCACAGCUCCAGCCAUUGUGGCCACCUGGGGAGUGAACCAGUGGAUGGAAGACCUCUCUCUGCCUCUGUAACUCUGCCUUUCAGAUAAAUAAAUAAAUACGCGUAACCUGAUGAACAAGGA